CGCUGUUUCCCAUUCCAGGCGCAGGGGCACAACAUGGCGGAUUAGGAGGCGAGCGACGCGCCCGGAUACAACGAACAAAUCGUGGGAUACCGAUUCCCCGUGUCGCGGAGAAGGCAGGAAUAUAGACUUUUCGGAGAGCUAACGCACACCUUUAAGACUUCCCGAGACAUGCAUUUCGGAUACCAGUAAGCGCCUUCGUUGCUUUGCCCCACUCCAAAUUGGCUGUCUGUCCGAGAUCAUUCCAAUCACCCAGGCCCCCCACCCCGAACACACUCUCGGUUCCUGGGGUGUGGAGACAGGGGCCGGGGAAGUGGAAAACAAAUCGCACUUUAUCUGGAACAUCAGGCUCCGUAGCGCGGUACAGGGCUGUCAAGGAGAUCAUUGUGCGAAUGAGUGAGUGAUGCAGGUUUCGUUUCUCCAGGGCAGUAUGGGUGUGUAUCCCCUGCUCCUGCUACUCCACGUGGCCUUUGUGGCCCUCAGCACGGCCCAGACACUCCCUGACCCUUCAGGUGCAGUCCUGACCGCCAAACCUACACACCCUCCUCCCACAUCACCCUCUAUAGUCACCCAGGCACCCCCGUCAUCCACCCCAUCUUCGGCACCGUCCCCUGAACUUGUUGUAACAACAGGAUUCAAUGCAGGCGUGGUGACCCCAGAGGUUCCCACAGCCCCUCCUGUCGUCGCCCCUCCAACUGUUCUCGUCCCUACCGAUGCACCGGCCGCCCCCCCAACCCCAUCUGCUGCAUCCCCGUCCCUCACCACCCUUAAAACUGGAGAUGGCGAGACUACAGUUUUGGCUACAGCAGAGCCCCCUACACCUGAUCCGACACCCACUCAAUCCACUUCAGAGCCUGAGACAGACACCCCGUCUGCCCCUACAGAUGCCACCACAGCUGACAUCAGCAAGCCUCCAGAUGAUGGUGGGCAAGAUGACACGGCUAUCAUGGCAGUGAUGGUUGCCCUGUCCUCUCUGCUGGUCAUUGUCUUCAUCAUCAUCGUCCUGUAUAUGCUCAGGUUUAAGAAGUACAAGCAGGCAGGGAGCCACUCCAAUUCCUUCCGCCUGACCAAUGGCAGAGCUGACGACACAGAACUUCAGAGUGUGCCACUAUUGGCCCGCUCUCCUAGUACCAACAGGAAGUACCCGCCCCUUCCUGUCGACAAGCUGGAGGAGGAAAUGAACCGCCGAAUGGCCGAUGACAAUAAACUCUUCCGGGAAGAAUUCAACGCAUUGCCUAUAUGUCCCAUUCAGGCCUCAUGUGAUGCUGCCUCGAAGGAGGAGAAUAAGGAGAAGAACAGAUAUGUGAACAUCCUGCCCUAUGAUCAUUCUAGGGUGCAUUUGACUUCUCUGGAGGGAGUUCCUGACUCAGACUUCAUCAACGCUUCCUAUAUAAAUGGAUACCAGGAGAAAAACAAAUUUACUGCUGCACAAGGACCAAAAGAGGAAACGGUCAAUGACUUCUGGAGGAUGAUCUGGGAACAGAACACUGCCACCAUCGUCAUGGUAACCAAUCUGAAAGAGAGGAAAGAGUGUAAAUGUGCUCAGUACUGGCCCGACCAGGGAUGCUGGACCUACGGAAAUAUCCGCGUGUCAGUGGAGGACAUGAUGGUUCUGGUUGACUAUACCAUCCGCAAGUUCUGCAUUCAGCAGGUGGGUGAUGUGUCUGGUAAGAAGCCUCAGAGGCUGGUCACUCAGUUUCACUUCACCAGCUGGCCUGAUUUCGGGGUUCCUUUCACUCCCAUUGGCAUGCUGAAGUUCCUUAAGAAGGUCAAGACCUGCAACCCACAGUAUGCUGGACCCAUAGUGGUUCACUGCAGUGCGGGUGUUGGCAGGACAGGGACCUUCAUUGUGAUAGAUGCUAUGCUGGACAUGAUGGGGGCAGAGAGAAAGGUCGACGUCUUCGGAUUUGUCACACGGAUCAGAGCCCAGCGCUGUCAGAUGGUCCAGACUGAUAUGCAGUAUGUGUUUAUAUUCCAAGCUUUGCUAGAGCACUACCUGUACGGAGACACAGAGUUAGAAGUGACGUCUCUGGAGUCUCACCUGAAUAAGCUGUACGCUCCUUUACCUGGAGCCGGCUGUGGAGGCAUGGAGGCAGAGUUUAAGAAACUUACCUCCAUUAAAAUCCAGAAUGACAAGAUGAGAACAGGGAACUUGCCUGCCAACAUGAAGAAAAACCGUGUUUUGCAAAUCAUCCCAUAUGAGUUUAACAGAGUGAUCAUCCCUGUAAAACGAGGAGAGGAGAACACAGACUACAUCAACGCCUCUUUUAUAGAUGGUUAUAGGCAAAAGGACUCGUACAUGGCAUGUCAGGGGCCGCUGCAGCACACUAUUGAAGACUUCUGGAGAAUGAUCUGGGAGUGGAGAAGCUGCUCUAUCGUUAUGCUGACCGAGCUGGAGGAGAGAGGACAGGAGAAGUGUGCUCCGUACUGGCCUAGUGACGGUGUGAUGGUUUGUGGAGACAUGUCCAUUGAGUUGAAGAGGGAGGAGGAAAGUGAAAGCUACACUGUUAGGGACCUUCUCGUCACCAAUAACAGAGAAAAUAAGUCUCGCGCUGUGAGGCAGUUUCAUUUCCAUGGCUGGCCAGAGGUGGGCAUCCCGUCUGACGGGAAGGGUAUGAUCAACAUCAUCGCUGCAGUUCAGAAACAGCAGCAGCAGUCUGGAAACCACCCAAUCACUGUGCACUGCAGUGCCGGAGCAGGGCGCACAGGGACAUUCUGUGCUCUGAGCACGGUCCUGGAGCGGGUGAAGGCGGAGGGCAUUCUGGACGUUUUUCAGACGGUGAAGAGUCUAAGACUACAGAGACCGCACAUGGUGCAGACACUGGAGCAGUAUGAGUUCUGCUACAAAGUGGUCCAGGAAUACAUUGAUGCCUUCUCUGACUACGCCAACUUCAAGUAAAGCCACACCCUCCUGCAGAAGAUCGGACAGACUUUCCCAGUCAUGCAGUCACGUCCACACUUUCACAAAAACACAGCUAAACGAGACGGACUGCCAGCGCAAAGCAAAAGGGAAUGAAAAUCCUUUGGCCGGCAAGCACGAAAACACGCUGGUGCUGAAGAUGGAAAGAAAACAAACAAGGAAAACACCAUUAGAGAUGCCUUCUUGAAUAUUUUGUAAUAUUGCUCUUGUUAAUAAGGCCCUUACCCAUUUCUCUCAGUGUAAAUAUGCUCUUGUAUUUCAUUUGUUUGGUUUUAGAAGCCAUUCUGUUGCGGUUUUUAGAGUGACCUUAAUAUAGUUUACUGGUAUAUAAAUGCAUACAUGAAUGGCGCUAUAGAGACAGAGCGGUAGCAAGAUGAGGGUGCUUUUCACUGGGUGUUUUAACAAGAACUUCCUUCUUUCUCUGCAGUUGAGUGACUGAAACCUAUUUGAAUGGCAGCUCAAUCCCACUAUGCUGUUGCCUGUAGCUACAUAACGCACAACGCGGCAAAAUCAACCAACCGUGGUGCAUCAGCGACUGUAAACGCGUGCGUUCGCAGAAAACACUUCACUGUGCUUUUUGAUUGUGUUUACUGGAGUGACAGAUAUAAUUUCUGAGUCCAUUUUUUUAAACAGGGACCGUUUUUUGGGCCGUGACUAAGGCGUGCGUCCCUUAGAUCUGAAGAUGUUAAGCGUGUCUUUGUGGUGUCCGUUUUGUUAUAGUGUGCCGACUUGGUCCAAACUAGACGAUGGUAGAGGAAGAUAAGACUGAAAAAGACAAACAAGAGGAAAGUGAGUGUGUCAAGACCAGAGAAAUUCCACUUAAUUUUUCUUUUGUGUUGUUUUUUCCCCUUGAAUCUCACAAGGGUUUGCUUCAAGUUUCAUUCCCUGCCCAAACAUCUUUUCUUUUCAAGAUCGCUCUAAACGCACCUUCUGUAUUUGUGAUUAUAAUCAAGGAAGUGAUGCAUUUACUUGCCCGGAUGUCUGAUAAUUGGCCUUAACAGCUGUGCUUGACAAUAUGGUUUCAUAAUGUACUUUCCUUCAUUUGAAGAUAAAUGAUCCCACCGGUUUCUCUACUUGCAAGGUACUGGUGCAAAGUCGAUCUAGAAAGUUCCAAUAGAAAUGACACAUGAUAACCUGAUCAUCUGUUCCUGCCCGUGUAAAGGACUUCAGCCGUGGUGCCGAAGUCAACGAGCCCUUUCCAGCUCCACUGAGCCAGUUAGACUGAUAUAUGACGCUUCAGCCCUUAGCCGUGAACACUUUCAACUUCUCCAAGCAUAAAGACCAGGUAGAUGGUAAAAAUGAGGACGUCAUUUUAACUAGUGAUUAUCAGCAAGUUAUUUUCCAGCGAAUGUUUUAUGUAGGUUAAGCCCUCGUUCCACACUGCCUUGUGUUAGUAAAUGCAAAUUCUAUGAAAUGUAUGUAAACCCAAUAGUUGUCGUUCAAAAUCACUCACCCAUCUGUCAUUCCAUGGUAACGGGGUUCUUGAUGGAAACUGUUAUUAUUUCAGAUCCAUGAUAUUCCGAAUGAUGAAUUGCGGAUUUCUAUUACAGCUUCCUCUUAAGAUACUCCAUGAAAUGCUGACAGAUUUGCUUGAGUAUUGUGUGAGUCGACUGUUGUGAUUUGCUUAAAGUCACACUAACCCUUUCCACAUGAGACACUGUGCCAAUAGCAGCCUCUCAGGGGCAGGAUCCUUCUUCAGAGGUGGGAAAGUGCCUCAUCACGUUCCUGUAGCUUCAAGCAUAUUCCUGCCUGCUCUUUUGUAGCCCAUGUUCUCCCAAUCCAUUGGGACCUUGUGGGCCUGUACGGCGUAUGAUAAUCUGUAAUGGAACCCAAAUGGUUGCUUUUCUGUGUUGGUGUGUUUUCAAACAAUUUUUUCCUUCUUUGCUUACAUACCAUAUAAAACCAUCCUGGAGAAAGCACCAGACUUCAGGACAAUUCCCUCAAAACCCAAGCUCUUAAUGUACGCAGAGCAAUCUAGUUCUUCUGGUCAAGAAGGGAAGCCACGUAUCUGGGGGCUCACUUCAUUCUUCUAUUGAAUGUGAUAUUGAAACGGCCUGCUUGGACAAAGACUGAAAAGUAAAGGAUUCUGCUCUCCAAAAAAAACCCUGAAAAUUGAGGAUUUCAUCGGAAACCCCUCUUUAAUUGGAUUGUUUCUAAAUUUCAAACUACAGCCUGUUUUAUGUUCCAGAAAUCCUAAAAAUGUUACCCUUUCUGGUUUUUCUUUUAUGCACCCUUCUUGUACAUAAUGUAAGGUUAUUUAUAUUUCAUUCCUAUCUGUUGCCUUGCUUUUAUUUUAUUUUAAUCUUUCUCUCACUUUU